AUGGGUAUCGCGGUAACGAAAUAUUCUGAUAUAUCGACCAAUGAGCUGGUGGAGAGGUUUUGUUCAAAUGAAAUAAUAUGUCCAAAUGAUCCAUUCUGGAAUCAACUGCUCGCUUUCAAUAUACAGAUACCGACUAAUGUUGAGGAACAAUUAAUGUUAGACUCGAGUACGGAGGCCUUACUACAAAAGUUCUUACAGAACAAUCCACAGACUGGCAACUUAGGGUCACUUGUACAGGUUUUUAUAACACGGGCGACGGAACUACUCGCUGAACCUAACUCAGAUAAUGUGAUGUUGGCAUGGCAGAGCUACAACGCGUUGUUCGUGAUAAGAGCAGUCACUAAGUAUUUAGUGGAACUGGUGCCGGAGUAUGAACUGUGUAAGCAUUUAGAUGUGCAAGGGAGGAAUGUCAAUUCGCCCCCACUGUCCCCAUCACAAGAAGUAACGGACACGCAGACAAAAUCUGUGUCCGGAGAAAGCAGAGUUGAGAUGCUUAUCGAUGCCUUGAUAGGAUUAAUUAUUGAUGUGCCUAUUACUGACAACACUUACUACCUUCACCUAGAGUGUCUCAAUACACUGCUAGUACUAAUGUCAGUGUACAUGUUUGCCGGGGCUCACGGACAGGCACAGUUAGUUGAGACUUCGUUGAUAUUCAGAACACUAUUCCAAGGCAGAUACAGUAUGCACGCAUCUUUACUAGUCAAAACUUUACUAACCAAUUUGUCGGCUAUGUUGCCGGCCCCCCCACAGUUCGGGGCCCAGGGGCCUGGCAGCUUAUUGAUUAACAUUGCUUCGAGCAUAUGGAACAUGCUGACCUUCAGCCCGGCAGCCCGGCAGACAAUAUACACUAACCCGCCAGUAGAUAGGCAUGAACUAUUGGAACGGCUAAAGAAAGAACACCCCGUAGCCAACCAGUCUUGUCUGUUAUUACUGGCCCUGGCUAACCAUUGUAUACAUGAGGAUAACUUGUACCGAGUGGCAUUGUUGCACUGCGAGGAUUCUCAAGACACAUCGACCACGACGCCACACAGAGAUACAAACGGCAGCAUCACACACCUCACACCCCCUAGAAUAGACAUGGCCGCUCUCCACAAGGCCCUGUGUGCGACGGCGGGUUGUGAACAUUCCACUCUGCUACUCUACCUCAUGCUCCACUCCUGUAAGGCCUACAAGCGGCACGUUAGCAACGUACCUCAUAUUGAGAAUCUGCUGGUACCAAUCCUACAAGUACUGUACAAUACUCCAGACAGCGCGUCACAUCAUAUUUACAUGUCUCUUAUUGUUCUACUGAUACUGACAGAGGAUGACUCCUUGAUCAAGAAUGUUCAUUUAAUUAUGCUGAAAAACAUCCCGUGGUAUACGGAGCGUUCAAUCUCUGAGGUAUCUCUGGGGGGCCUGGUUGUACUUGUACUACUACGUGCAUUACAGUAUAAUAUGGCUCGCGUACGAGACAAGUACUUGCAUACUAACUGCCUGGCUGCCAUCGCUAAUAUGAGCUGUGAAUUUAGGAAUCUACAUCCAUACGUUGCCCAGCGGCUGGUGUCACUGUUCGAAAUAUUAACGAAACGAAGAGCAAGACUUUGUACUGAAAUAGAAGGAGGCGAUAUAAACAGCAUAGACUUACCACAUCACGCAGAAGAGAAAACAGAGGAAAUUAUGGAACACAUAGCAGUACUAGACGAAGUGCUGCGGAUGCUGCUGGAGAUAAUAAAUUCGUGCCUCACCCACCAGCUCUCAAACAACCUGAACUUGGUGUACGCCUUGCUUCACAAGCGACAACUGUUCCAACACCACGCCCAUCACCACAUCGCGCAGAACAUCGAAAUGGUAAUAGGCUACUUCUCGACCCGACUCCAGCGGGUCCAGGAGGGUGCCGGUGGGGACCUGGGGGUCACCGAGGUGUUGCAGUGUAUCAAGAAGGGCGCCGAGCAGUGGUCGAGUGAUAGGCUUAAGAAAUUUCCCGAUCUCAAAUUCCGUUACGUUGAAGAAGAUAGACCAGAAGAAUUUUUCACCCCCUACGUGUGGGCGCUAAUAAACGCGUGCGGGAAUGUUUACUGGGCGAGUGAAUGCGCUCGAACCUGCGACCUACUGGCGUGAUCGCGUCCCCACCCCCUGUGGGGUCUGAUCCACUGCGUUCGCGCUUGUAUGGACCACGCCUUAUCUCUGUUGGAUAUUGACUAUGAAAGAUUGUAAUACCGUGUAAUGUAGUGUAUUUGCAAAAUAGGAACUCAAGAGUAAAGGGGUGACAAAGAAUAUCUUGAUCGAAAUGUGGAGCAGUUUGAUUGGAAUAAUAUGAAAGGUAAAGUCAGUUGAACAUACAAAAUGAUUGCUAUUAAUAAAGAGAAUAACAAAUU